AUGCGGCACGAAGAUGCAGACGUAAUCAUCACCGAUCAACUAGAACGAUAUCUGGACAACAACCCAUCGAAGGCAAAAUGGAUCUCUGGCUUCGUCAUGCAACAAAUUUCAGGCUUGUCUCUUAUCUUGUAUUGCUGGAACGAAAUUGUUCACUUCCAUCCUUGGGCGAGAAGUUUUAUUCUCAGCGCAGAACGGAAGCAAAGCGUUAGCGGGCCUCCUUCGCAGCAUCUUGAGCCCCUCAAAAAGAAAUUCGACGACGCCCUGAAGGCUGAAGAUCUGGCCUUGCUAGGCAGGUUCUUCUGUACCGAGCAAUUGUCAGUCAUUUGGCCUGGCGGUGAACCCAACAGGAUGUAUACGAAUCAGAGGAAAGCCGCGGAAGUUGAACUGGACAAAUUCUGGCUAAAAAUAGACUCACUGGUUCAGUCGGUGGUCGACAAAGUGCCGAAUGAUGCCAGACCACCUUUCAGACCUCCCCCGGCAGGCACACUUGCGCGCACGCCCGACUGGAUUGAUGAAGCUCCAGCGCCAAAGGCAGCUAAGCGUGGCUGGGACACGACAGAUUUGGCAAAGGGCGCGGAACCAGCGCCACAAGCAAAGAGGCCUAGGAAGGACAAAACUGGUGGCACCCCUGAUCCAUCCCGAGCAGUACCCGAAGCAGGUGCAGCAGAGGGAGGGGCAGACUUGCAGGCAGCUCCGGAACCAGUCAGGAUUAAAGUGAGCAAGGAAGACUUUGAGGUCAUCACUAUGUUGUUCCACAUACCAGGACAGACUCCGAAGAAAGACUUUUCGUGGAGAAGAUUUGUUCAGGCAAUGGGAGGAUUGCAAUUCACAAUCCAGAAGACCUGGGGCUCGGCCUGGCUUUUCACACCACCCGCCGAUUUGGGGAAUCAUUCAAUCACUUUUUAUGAUCCACACCCCGACAAUGCUCAUCCUCUGUAUAUUUGGAGAAGGAUAGGUUCAAGACUGACAGAUCAUUCUGGCUGGGAGGGAUCUACAUUCGAGGAAGGGGUCUAG